AUGUCUUAUCAAGGACUUCAUAGCAGCGGUCAGCCUGCGGACUAUCCCGAGGCCCACACCCUUCACGAUUACCCGCUCCAACACCAAGACGAUGGUGUUAACGAGCGAGUCCCCUUGAACGGGGGCUAUUCAGACACAAUGCAACCACCGCAUCCAUUUCAAGGUCCCUUUGACGAGACGUCUUCUCGCUCAUCCACUCCAGAGCAUCUACAGAGGAUGAGUACACCACAAUCACAGUUCGCCCACGGUCAGGGACCUUACCUACAAUCAUCUCCUGAAUCCUCGACACCGACAUUGCUCUCUUCGUCUACUAGCCCCGGGCCUACUGGAAGGGAAAGUGUGCUUUCUUUGGACGGGGAAUGGCGACGAAGACAAGCACCGUCCGGGCUGCGGAGAUACGCAACGCGAAGAGUCAAAUUGCAACAGGGCCAGGUUUUGUCCAUUGAAUAUCCUGUUCCUUCUGCGGUUUCAAAUGCUAUUCAAGAUAAAUAUAAGGCUGGUACUGGAGAGGACUCAGCAACUACAGAAUUCACCCACAUGAGAUAUACUGCUGCUACCUGUGACCCCGACGACUUUACACUAAAGAAUGGCUACGAUUUGCGACCGAGAAUGUACAAUCGACAUACAGAGCUUUUGAUCGCUAUAACAUACUACAAUGAAGACAAAGUUUUGACAGCACGUACAUUACAUGGAAUCAUGCAGAACGUUCGCGACAUUGUAAACUUGAAGAAAUCCGAGUUUUGGUGGAAGGGAGGACCUGCCUGGCAGAAAAUUGUUGUCUGCUUAGUUUUUGACGGAAUCGAUCCUUGCGACAAAAACACCUUGGAUGUGCUGGCAACUGUUGGUAUAUUCCAGGAUGGUGUGAUGAAGAAGGACGUUGACGGCAAAGAAACCACUGCCCAUAUUUUUGAAUUUACAACACAGAUCUCUGUAACCGCGCAUCAAACACUUAUGCGCCCAACAGGUGCCGAAGAUGAUAAAGCCUUCCCGCCUGUUCAGCUUAUGUUUUGUCUUAAGCAGCGAAAUACUAAGAAGAUCAAUUCUCAUCGUUGGUUGUUUAAUGCUUUUGGACGUAUCCUGAAUCCAGAAGUCUGUAUUCUUCUUGACGCUGGAACAAAACCGGGCCCGAAGAGUAUUCUUGCGCUAUGGGAGGCGUUUUACAACGACAAAAAUUUGGGAGGCGCCUGUGGUGAAAUUCAUGCCAUGUUGGGGAAAGGUGGGAAGAACUUGAUUAAUCCACUGGUAGCAACCCAGAAUUUUGAAUACAAGAUUUCCAACAUUUUGGAUAAGCCGCUAGAAUCGGCUUUUGGUUACGUCAGCGUUUUGCCUGGUGCGUUCUCGGCUUACCGCUUUCGAGCAAUUAUGGGGCGUCCCUUGGAACAGUACUUCCAUGGUGACCAUACGCUUUCCGCCAGAUUUGGUAAGAAGGGAAUUGAUGGGAUGAAUAUCUUUAAGAAGAAUAUGUUUUUGGCAGAGGAUCGUAUCCUAUGUUUCGAGCUUGUUGCCAAGGCGGGUUCAAAAUGGCACUUGACAUACAUCAGAGCUUCAAAAGCAGAAACCGAUGUCCCGGAAGGCGCAGCAGAGUUUAUUUCUCAGAGAAGAAGAUGGCUAAAUGGCUCAUUUGCAGCCGGUAUCUAUUCACUUAUGCAUUUUGGGAGGAUGUACUCCAGCUCGCAUAAUAUUAUUCGAAUGUUUUUCUUCCAUGUACAACUCAUUUACAAUAUUUUUGCGACAUUUAUGAGUUGGUUCAGUAUAGGGAGUUUCUGGCUUACUACUUCGGUUAUCAUGGAUCUUGUUGGUGACCCAACGGAUGAAGAGAAGGCAGCUGGAAAGGUUGCCUGGCCGUUCGGUGAAAAGCCAACACCUAUCUUUAACAGCAUGAUGAAAUACCUCUAUCUGUGUUUUGUAAUCCUUCAAUUCAUUCUUGCGCUUGGUAAUAGACCCAAAGGUUCUAAGCAAACGUAUAUCGUCAGCUUUUGCGUUUUCUCGGUGUUACAGUGCUACAUUCUCAUUCUCUCGUUCUAUCUCGUUGCUCGGGCAUUCUCGGGCUCUGCUGGAUGGAGUGAUUUGGAAUCCUCGAGUGUAUCGGAAUUCAUUGGCAAAUUCUUCACAUCCAACACUGGGCUCAUCAUCCUCGCCUUGGCCUCGACAUUCGGAAUUUACUUUGUUGCUUCCUUCAUGUACCUUGACCCAUGGCACAUGAUGCACAGUUUCCCCCAAUACGUAUUGAUGGCGUCCUCCUACACCAACAUUCUCAACGUUUAUGCUUUCUGUAAUUGGCACGACGUUUCAUGGGGUACUAAAGGAUCCGAUAAAGCCGAAGCGCUUCCGUCAGCGAAAACCAAGACGGAAGGGAAGGCCAAAGUCAUCGAUGAGCCAGAGAAACCCCAGGCGGAUAUUGAUCAGGCGUUCGAGGAAACAGUUAAAAGAGCGCUCGCACCAUUUGUUGCCGAAGAGGAGGUUGAGACCAAGUCUCUUGACGAUUCUUACAAGAGUUUCAGAACUAGGCUUAUUACGGCAUGGAUUUUCAUUCCAAGAUUCGAACAGCGUGGUUUUUCAGAUUUAUUCUCUUGGCUACAGCGGCAUUGUCACUAUUCCGAUUCAUUGGUUGUAUUUGGUUUCUUGGAAGAGCGUCUAUUAUGUGCUGCUUCACAAGGCGUUAAGUAA